AUGGGGAAAAACGGCAUUUUCGGCCAACUGAGAGGCAUCGAUGCUUUCUCAAAGACGAUGGAUGAUGUGCGCAUCCGAACCAACGCGGGCGCACUCAUCACGCUCAUUUCGGCGCUUCUGAUUGCGGUGCUCACCAUUGGCGAGUUUAUCGACUAUCGCACAGUUCACGUCAAACCUGCACUGGAAGUGGAUCGAUCCAGAGGCGAAAAGCUGACGGUCAACAUGAAUAUUACGUUCCCGCGAGUACCGUGCUAUUUGCUCUCGCUCGAUGUAAUGGACAUCUCGGGCGAGCAUGUGAACGACAUCCAGCACGACGUUGAGAGGACACGCAUCAAUCACGACGGCAAAAUCAUCGAGCAGGGUAAAAAGUCGCUCAAGGGUGAUGCGGCACGUAUUGCCAACACCAAGGGCAAAGAUUAUUGUGGCGACUGCUACGGUGGUCAGCCACCUGCGAGUAAGUGCUGCAACACAUGUGACGAGGUACGCGAAGCAUAUGUGCGCAAAGGCUGGAGCUUCGCCGAUCCGGACCAUGUGGAUCAGUGCGUCGCUGAAGGAUGGUCGGAAAAGAUCAAGGAGCAGAACAAAGAAGGUUGCCGCAUUUCGGGCAAGCUCCAUGUCAACAAGGUGGUGGGUAGCUUCCACCUGUCUCCUGGCAAAGCAUUCCAACGAAACAGCAUGCACAUCCACGACCUUGUUCCAUACCUGUCAGGCACCGGUUCCGAGCAUCACGACUUUGGGCACAUUAUCCACGAGUUCAGCUUUGGCUCCGAGCAAGAAUACCACGGCCUCACCUCAGCGAAAGAGCGCGCGGUUAAAGCCAAGCUGGGCGUCAAAGAUCCGCUCGAGGGCGUCCGUGCUCAAACGCAACAGAGUCAAUUUAUGUUUCAGUACUUUGUCAAGGUGGUUUCUACCGAAUUCCGACCUUUGUCCGGCGAGACGCUCAAGACGCAGCAGUACUCGGUGACAACGUACGAACGCGAUCUGUCACCGGGAGCCAACGCGGCGGCACUUGCAGGGCUGUCGAACGAAGGAUCUGGAGCUCACAUUUCGCACGGAUUCGCCGGUGUUCCUGGCGUGUUUUUCAACUACGAGAUUUCGCCACUGAAAACGAUCCACUCGGAGUACCGACAGUCGCUGUCGCAUUUCUUGACUUCGACUUGUGCGAUCGUAGGCGGCAUCUUGACGGUAGCGGGAAUUUUGGACAGCUUGGUGUACAACUCGAGGAGGAGGCUUGGUAUGAGAGAUGGUGACGACCAUGAUGCAAGGGAGGGGCUUGGAUAUACGAGCAAGACUGGCAAGUUCCUGUAA